UACUGUAGGGGGAGAUGACAGCAGGCCCAGGAACUGCAACGAUCCAAGUGAGAGUCGAUCCUGGGAGCGAACAAUUACAGAGUCCGGGCAGGAUGAAACAGUAGAAACUGGUGAGUGAAUGAAUGUGAACGCUGAGGAGCGACUGGAAUUUGUUGGAGGGAUUAUGAGGCAACAUAAAGUGGCUAAUUAUGGUGGUUGGGGUAAGCAGGAGUAAAAUGAUGUCGUAACUCCUCUCAAGGACACCAAAAAUUAUUUUAAUAAAACACUGGAAGGCUGGGAAUAAAUAUAAUUCACACCGUUCUUUCUUGGUUUAGAGAUAGCUUAUCUACAUUCUUACAUUAAUGGCUACCCUCUGCAUGGCUGCAAAAAAAAAAAAAAAACCACACACACACACACAAAACAAAAAACAAAACCCGCUGCGAGUCUGCACGAGAAAAUCGGGUUGCCAGACUCUAGGACUCAGCUGCCCGCCCCCUCGCCUAGCUGUCGGAGGCUAAAUAAACAGCUCCCGAAGCAGUGUUUGGCACAGUGCACGGUCGGAGCGUGGACACUAAUUUCCGCCCACGCUCCCCACGUCCUGGUCGGGUCACCACAGAACACGACGUCCAGUACUGGGGUCCUCGACGAUGCCCGUGUGCGCACUCCCGCACAUCUCAGGCUAGAGUGCAGUGGUGGGAUCUCGGCUCACUGCAACUUCCAUCUCCCAGGUUCAAGCGAUCCUCCUGCCUCAGCCUCCCAAGUAACUGGGAUCACAGAUACGGUGUAAGAUAUUUCUUCAAGAUUGGACAGCUGGGACCUUCUUAUGAUUAACCUUGAACUGACUUACAGCUACAGAGACACCUUGCAAAGUUCCCAUUUUUUUUUUUUCUGCUUUACACCUUUUCUGACUCCUAAGUUGAACUGGCAACCAUGUAUGGAAGUGCUCGCUCUGUUGGGAAGGUGGAACCCAGCAACCAGAGUCCUGGGCGUUCACCCAGGCUUCCACGUUCCCCUCGCUUGGGUCAUCGUCGAACCAAUAGUACAGGAGGGAGUUCUGGAAGCAGCGUUGGAGGUGGCAGUGGGAAAACCCUUUCAAUGGAAAAUAUACAAUCUUUGAAUGCUGCCUAUGCCACAUCUGGCCCUAUGUACCUAAGUGACCAUGAAAAUGUGGGUUCAGAAACACCUAAAAGCACCAUGACACUUGGCCGUUCUGGGGGACGUCUGCCUUAUGGUGUUCGGAUGACUGCUAUGGGUAGUAGUCCCAAUAUAGCUAGCAGUGGGGUUGCUAGUGACACCAUAGCAUUUGGAGAGCAUCACCUCCCUCCUGUGAGUAUGGCAUCCACUGUACCUCACUCUCUUCGUCAGGCAAGAGAUAAUACAAUCAUGGAUCUGCAGACACAGCUGAAGGAAGUAUUAAGGGAAAAUGAUCUCUUGAGGAAGGAUGUGGAAGUAAAGGAGAGCAAAUUGAGUUCUUCAAUGAAUAGCAUCAAGACCUUCUGGAGCCCAGAGCUGAAGAAAGAACGAGCCCUGAGAAAAGAUGAAGCUUCCAAAAUCACCAUUUGGAAGGAACAGUACAGAGUUGUACAGGAGGAAAACCAGCACAUGCAGAUGACGAUCCAGGCUCUUCAGGAUGAAUUGCGGAUCCAGAGGGACCUGAAUCAGCUGUUUCAGCAAGAUAGUAGCAGUAGGACUGGCGAACCUUGUGUAGCAGAGCUGACGGAGGAGAACUUUCAGAGGCUUCAUGCUGAGCAUGAGCGGCAGGCCAAAGAGCUAUUUCUUCUUCGAAAGACAUUGGAGGAAAUGGAGCUGCGUAUUGAGACUCAAAAGCAGACCCUAAAUGCUAGGGAUGAAUCCAUCAAGAAGCUUCUGGAGAUGUUGCAGAGCAAAGGACUUUCUGCCAAGGCUACUGAGGAAGACCAUGAGAGAACAAGACGACUGGCAGAGGCAGAGAUGCACGUUCACCACCUAGAAAGCCUUUUAGAACAGAAGGAAAAAGAGAACAAUAUGUUGAGAGAGGAGAUGCAUCGAAGGUUUGAAAAUGCUCCUGAUUCUGCCAAAACAAAAGCUCUGCAAACUGUUAUUGAGAUGAAGGAUUCAAAAAUUUCCUCUAUGGAGCGUGGGCUUCGAGACCUGGAAGAGGAAAUUCAGAUGCUGAAAUCGAAUGGGGCUUUGAGUACUGAGGAACGGGAAGAAGAAAUGAAGCAAAUGGAGGUGUAUCGGAGCCAUUCUAAAUUUAUGAAAAAUAAGGUAGAACAACUGAAGGAGGAACUAAGUUCGAAAGAGGCUCAAGGGGAGGAGCUGAAAAAGAGAGCGGCUGGUCUUCAGGCUGAGAUUGGCCAGGUGAAACAGGAGCUGUCCAGAAAGGACACAGAAUUACUUGCCCUGCAGACAAAGCUAGAAACACUCACAAACCAGUUCUCAGAUAGUAAACAGCACAUUGAAGUGCUGAAGGAGUCCUUGACUGCUAAGGAGCAGAGGGCUGCCAUCCUGCAGACUGAGGUGGAUGCUCUCCGAUUGCGUUUGGAAGAGAAGGAAACCAUGUUGAAUAAAAAGACAAAACAAAUUCAGGAUAUGGCUGAGGAGAAGGGGACACAAGCUGGAGAGAUACAUGACCUCAAGGACAUGUUGGACGUGAAGGAGCGGAAGGUUAAUGUUCUUCAGAAGAAGAUUGAAAAUCUUCAAGAGCAGCUUAGAGAUAAGGAAAAGCAGAUGAGCAGCUUGAAAGAACGGGUCAAAUCCUUGCAAGCUGACACCACCAAUACUGACACUGCCUUGACAACUUUGGAGGAGGCCCUUGCAGAGAAAGAGCGGACAAUUGAACGCUUAAAGGAGCAGAGGGACAGAGAUGAGCGGGAGAAGCAAGAGGAAAUUGAUAACUACAAAAAAGAUCUUAAAGACUUGAAGGAAAAAGUCAGCCUAUUGCAAGGCGACCUUUCAGAGAAAGAGGCUUCACUUUUGGAUCUGAAAGAGCAUGCUUCUUCUCUGGCAUCCUCAGGACUGAAAAAGGACUCACGGCUUAAGACACUAGAGAUUGCUUUGGAGCAGAAGAAGGAGGAGUGUCUGAAAAUGGAAUCACAAUUGAAAAAGGCACAUGAGGCAGCAUUGGAAGCCAGGGCCAGUCCAGAGAUGAGUGACCGAAUACAGCACUUGGAGAGAGAGAUCACCAGGUAUAAAGAUGAAUCUAGCAAGGCCCAGGCAGAAGUUGAUCGACUCUUAGAAAUCUUGAAGGAGGUGGAAAAUGAGAAGAAUGACAAAGAUAAGAAGAUAGCUGAAUUGGAAAGUCUCACCUCAAGGCAAGUGAAAGACCAGAAUAAGAAGGUAGCAAAUCUGAAGCAUAAGGAACAGGUGGAAAAAAAGAAGAGUGCACAAAUGCUAGAGGAGGCUCGACGACGGGAGGACAAUCUCAACGACAGCUCUCAGCAGCUACAGGACAGUCUCCGUAAGAAGGAUGACAGGAUUGAAGAGCUGGAAGAAGCACUAAGAGAAAGUGUACAGAUAACUGCAGAGCGGGAAAUGGUGCUAGCACAAGAGGAAUCAGCCAGGACCAAUGCUGAAAAACAGGUGGAGGAGUUACUGAUGGCCAUGGAGAAAGUAAAGCAGGAACUAGAAUCCAUGAAAGCAAAGCUGUCCUCUACCCAGCAGUCUCUGGCAGAAAAGGAAACGCACUUGACUAAUCUUCGGGCAGAGAGAAGGAAACACUUAGAGGAAGUUCUGGAGAUGAAGCAAGAGGCUCUUCUGGCUGCCAUUAGUGAAAAAGAUGCCAAUAUAGCCCUCUUGGAGCUUUCAUCCUCUAAGAAAAAGACCCAAGAGGAAGUGGCUGCACUGAAGCGGGAGAAGGAUCGUCUAGUACAGCAACUUAAGCAGCAGACACAAAAUCGAAUGAAGCUAAUGGCCGACAACUAUGAGGAUGAUCACUUCAAAUCCUCCCAUUCCAAUCAAACAAAUCACAAGCCCUCCCCAGACCAGAUCAUCCAGCCCCUCUUAGAACUUGACCAAAAUAGAAGUAAAUUAAAGUUGUACAUUGGACACCUGACAGCCCUCUGCCAUGACCGAGAUCCCCUGAUCCUCCGUGGACUCACUCCACCAGCUUCCUAUAACUUGGACGAUGACCAGGCGGCUUGGGAGAAUGAGCUGCAGAAGAUGACCCAGGGGCAGCUUCAGAAUGAGUUAGAGAAAGGUGAGCGGGACAACGCGGAGCUGCAGGAGUUUGCCAACGCCAUUCUUCAGCAGAUAGCAGACCAUUGCCCCGACAUCCUAGAGCAAGUGGUCAACGCACUGGAAGAGUCCUCCUGACCCUGCUUUGUGCGGAAGCCUGAGGUGGUCAACCCAGGAGCCAAGAAAGGAGAACUACAAGGAACAGGCACCCGGAACCUUCUUGGCACCAAACACUACAAACUUCAUCCCAUCUUGCUCACUUGAAGAAGUGCGAUUCCAGCACUGUUUCUACAUCUGCCAUCUUACUCUGCCUUUCUGCUUUGGAUGUGGUCUCUACACUAAUCUUCCUGAUGUUCAGGAUGGAUAAAAGGUCAAGUCUCUCUGAAGAAGUGCCACCUGGUCGUCAGCAGUGGAGAACUCUGGGAGCUGGUGGCUCUGCCCUGACAGAGGGCCAUGGAGCAGAGGAGCCUCUCACCACCUGUCCUCUAACAUGAGAACAAACCAGGAAUCUACUUGGAGUUCACUGGGCUGAGAGGAUGCCUCCAGCGGACCAGAGAGCUGACUGUUCUAAUAUCACAUUAGGUGCUUUCUCCUAAAAGGGUAAAAAACAAUCUCAAAAAGAAUAUUAGAAAAAGAGAAAGGGGGAGGGAAGAGAAAAUCAACUCUUCUUUUUACAGUGAGAUGCUUUAUACAAAGGAGCUCUGAGCAGGCCUCGCGAUGGCUUGGGAGUGCUUGUCUGCCACAGUCUGAGUCUUCACCCAGCCCUGCCUGUCUGUCCCAGCCUUCCUCACUCUGUUCCUCAGCCAGUUAACAAGAAGAUAGUGUGAACUGUUCUCCACCAGUCUCUCCUGUUUGAGACUGCUGACCUUAUCAUAGUGAGGUGUUAGAUCAAAUAUCUCUAAUUGCAGGAGAGCAUAUGAGGUUGAAAGAGAACCAGCCAGGGCAACAUGGCGAGACCCUGUCUCUACAAAAAAACUAAAAACAGAACAUACAAAGUUGACAUCUGAGGCCCUGUUGUGCCCACCUGCAGCUGUGCCCCAGUAGCAGAUGCCCUGAUCAUCUCCAGAAGGCUGCCUGCCUACCCCACACCCAUGUCCCAAGUUCCUGUGGCCCAGUGACCACUGAUGUUUUGAUCUGUCACUCAUCCUGCUAGCUCUGCCCUUGACUCAUCCUCUCAUAACCUCAGCCUUGUGCAUUGCCUGGAACCUUCUUCUGGCAUAAAUGAAGGUUUCUCGUUCUACACAUUCCUUCCUUGAUCAUUUCAUUCAGAGAAUAUUUAUGAAAUGCCUACUGUGUCCAAGUCACCCAUCCUUGAAAAGGCCACUUUUCAGUGAGGGAGAGGUGUAGUGGAGUCUGUGAGACAUACCUGCCUGAGCAGGAGCUCUAAGUAGCUUGCCCUUUCCUCUCCCUUUCUUAAGAAAAGGUAUCUUUUCUAGAAAAGUUCCCUAAUGGAAUUCCUAAGUUUGGGGGCCUCAGUCACCCACUUGCCUAUAGGAUUCUAUUUGAUAAUUCUGGAUUUUUGCUGUUCGUUGUUGCCCUUAGAGAGACUCUGAGUAUCUACUUGUGGGUGGCCAUUUCCUACCACCUGCAUGUACCUCAUGGAACUCAGCCAGCUUCAUGUUGCAAAUCAGAAAGCGGACCCCAAGACUGCAAAUCCAAUGGAAGGUACUGGCGUUGUUAAGGGCAUCUUCCCAAGUAUGGACAGUGGCAGUCAUAAGUAAUUAGGCACCAAGAAGUAGCCCACUUAGCCCGAAUGUAGCCCUUUGACCACCUCUACCACCAGAACCCAGCAGACACAUCUUCUGAUAAGAAUUGCUUGCUGGACUCUAAAAUGUUUUUGUUUUGCAUUUUCUCGUCACCUUCCCCACUUACUGAGAGAAUUUAAACUCUCUAAAGUCAGCACAGCCCCAUCAGUCCAAGAACUUCCCACCACCAGCCCUUGACUGUCUCAUUAACUUAUAUGGUCAGCUCUCCAGCUCCCCUUAUUCCCUGCUGUAAAACAAUUCCUCUCCCUGUGAGAAACUGUGGAGCAUUUCUUACUGAAGGUUUAAAUGGACUCUGCUCAUAAACCUCUAACUGAGAUGCUUCCUGAGAGCAAGGCUGGUGAGAGAGGGGUGCAGGAGUUAGUAAGUGGUGGUCCUUUGUGGUCAAUUACCUCAAUUCUGUUUAUUGCUGGGCCCGUAAAUCAUGUGGAAAGCUCCCAGUACUUCAAGGCAGGAGUAUUAGAAUCUCACUUUAUCUACCAUAAUGUAAAGGAAUGGGGUAUGAUAACAGCCAUCACAGGCCACAGCAGAACCAAGAAAGCAGGUGAGGCAAUGCCUAAAGUGGCCUGACCCUGGCCAGCUGUUCUCCCUCUGGUCUAGCAGGAAGGGCAUCAAGCAGACAUCCCAGAUCCCACCCACGUGGCCUUUCUCAUCAGGUACAGCACCUCCACUCUCACCUGCUGGGUGAGUGACUCUCUCUUCGUCUCAACAUUCUCUAUCACUUCCCCUCCAGAAAAACUUACAAAAGGAAGCCCUCUGUGACCGUGCUUCUGAGAAGAAAAUUUCUGGGACAGAUGUCAUCUGUCUGGUCUCUAUGAACAGCAAGGAAUCUUCUUGGUCCCUCUUGGGCACUGGUCUGGCAUCUCCAAUGAUCUGGAGCCUGGCUAAGAGUUCAAUAAUAAACAUGGCCUGCCUUUACGCUGUAGGGCAAGUGGAUGCAGUUUGUAGCAUUCAGAGUAUCUCACUGAGUCUAGAACAUUCACUGAACCAAUACUUACCAAAUGUCCCACUCCCGUCUCACUAGGACUUGUCAUUCCAUGGCCCUCUCCUAGUAGUCAUGGUUUCAUAAGGUCACACACGUGCUUCUGACGUUACAUAGCCUUGAAAACUCACUGUGGGUUGCCCUUACUACUCUUCCCCAGACUCAUCCAUUGGCAAGUCUAGUUGCCCUUUGCACCUAAAGAUCUGUACCCCAAGUCAGUGUCACUGUAAAGAGGGCAAGAAGAAGAGUGGGUGUGAUCCCAGAGGGGUUUUGUAACUGAAGAAGUAGUGUGAGGUUCCCAUCCUUUCAUAUGCCGCUAACCCCCGUACUCAUUGAAUCACUGAUGAAGGGUCUCCAUUGAGAUUUGCAAGGACUUUGAUACCAUUUGAAAUGGGAAAGAUUUUGAAUGGGCUUUAACCCAUUCAAAUAUGGAUGGGACUGGGCAUAAGAAAUAUGGAUGGGACUGGGCACAAUGGCUCACACCUGUAAUCCUAGCACUUUCGGAGGCUGAGGUGGGCACAUCACCUGAGAUCAGGAGUCAAGACCAGCCUGGUCAACAUGGCAAAACCCCAUCUUUACUAAAUUAGCCAGGCUUGGUGGUGGACACCUGUAAUCACAGCUACUUGGUAGGCAGGAGGAUCACUUGAGCCUGGGAGGCAGAGGCUGCAGUGAGCCAAGAUCACAUCAGUGCACUCCAGCCUGGGUGACAGAGCAAGACUGAGCUUUUAGGGAGGCAGAGGCAGGAGGAUAGCUUGAACCCAGGAGUUCAAGACCCGCCUGGGCAAUAUAGAAAGAUCCCGUUCUCCACAAAAAGGAAAAAAAAAGAAAUGUAGAUGGGAAUCACCAAAUUCAUCUCAGCUCUAACCUUUUAACCUUUGUCCUUGCACUUUACAAUCUAAAGAAGAUCUGCGGAUGGCUCUCCGCCCUCCUCAUACUUGGGUUUUAGAAGUAACUUGUAAAGCAGACUACACCCAAGGCCGCCUCCAGUGUUGAGAGUGGCAUUGUGAUUUGCCAUUUUUUGUCAGUUGAAGUCUGAUUUUCCAUGAGAAACUUGCAGGCUCACCCAGCCCCAAAGUGAGAGAAGAGGAAGGCAGAGUCAUCACAGACACAGUCUUAGCCACCUGUUGAACUAAUCCCUCCCCUAUUGAGGGUCAGGGUUGUGAAGGAAACCAUAAUGUGUCACCCCAAAACACAAAUGUUUCCAAACUGCCCAUCCACUGGCAUUUGGAUUUGCUGCAGAGUCCCGUUCCUCCCGGAGCCAUCCCGCCCUCCUGAUGACCGCGUGACUUCGGUGUAGGCCCUGUGGCUACCCUCGGAGUCUUUGACGGAAGAGCCAAGUGGGAGACCUCGCUGCAUGGAGUGCGACACCACAAGGCAUUUCCCAAAGCCCAGGGGACCCUGUGUCAGCAAAUACCAGUAACUUCACAUCUGUUCCUGGCCUCAUCCUCGCCUGCCUGGGUUCGGAACUGAGGGAAAAGGAUGAGGAGACUGCAGUGCAUGAAGCAUCCUCUGUAGAGCAAGGCCAGCCCAUCCAUCACUGCCAGCCCUGGGCUUCUCAGGAAGGGACGUGAACCACUCAAAGGAAUGUCUUAAAAAGAAUCUGGAGUUUCCCCCAUGCAAAUUAGGGAAUAAUUAGGCAAGAAAAGACAUACAUUACAGGGAAAUCCUUCUGAACAAAAUGGCUGUCUUUACUCUUUUUAAGCAAAAACUAUCUCUGACUUUUUAGUGUCAAAACUGUAACCAACUGUCUCCUGAUUUUUUCUAAUGUGUUUGGCAAGUGCUGUGACCCUGUUGUAGGUUCUUCUCCUGACUCUUGGGGGAGAAGUGGUUUUAGGGCUUGAUUUGGGGGAGCGGGUUUUUGUCCCAUCCCACCUCCUCUCUUCUUUCUCUGCUUGUCGAUAUUGUCUGUGUGAUUCAGAGAAUUGGGACAGUUACAUUGUGUCUAUUAUUGAGAUUAUUAAAAGAUUAAAACGUAGUUGUAGAAAUGAAAAAUUAAAGAGCUGUGUUUUUAAAAUGCAAACCAAUAUUUUGUUAAUAAAGGAAUUCAAGCUAUGGGGCAGCCACAUUCCCCUCCUCCUCCCAAGCUGGCAUAGGUGGCCCCGGGCUGGCAGCUUAGGUAGUGACUGCUUGGGGGAGAAGACACCUGCUGAGCAAAGGGAACGAGAAUUCGGGGCUCAGAGCCUCGCACUGUGCCAGGUUUUUCCUAUACAUGCUCAGGAUCUCUGGGUAGAGGUUUCACAGUUUGUGACCCCAUAACCACCCUCACCCCACGUGGGUCCUAGCUCAGUGUGCCUAAUACUGCAUGGUAACCUGGACUUGACCCUGAAGCCCCUGCCUGGCAGGCCACAGGACCUCUCCUGCCCACUUGGUGCUAUCUCAUCCAGUGACCCACCCAGCAUAGGUGAGCACUGACCAGCCUGGAGCCUGCAUUCCAGGUGGAAUGAACUGUACUCCAUGUCAGUUCCUUCUGGCUUCAGGCCCUCGAUUAUUUCCCUUUGAGCUUUUUCAGACCCCAGAUCUCCUAGGCCCAGGCUCGCUCUCUUGGCCCCAGAGAUGCCACUGUCGAUAAAGGAAGUGAACCCUCCUGAAGCCAGAGAUUCUCCCUGACCAGAGCAGGACCUCUGGGUCCAGCCCCUCUUUCCACACCACGCCAGUAUUGCAUCCAUCUACUGCAGCCACACGUCCUGAGGGCAGCACCACCCACUCUGGCCUGCUGGCCCAUUGCAGGACUGGCCCGGGCACUGCAGCAUGUCCAGUGGGGCCUGUGGUUUGCUCCCCUAUGCAUCAGAAGAGAAGUGUUGCACUUUAUGGAGGAGCUGAGGAGCACCGGGCCCGCCCCCUUGUAGCUUGAGUUCCUUUUGGUAACAGUAGCAGCCUCCAUGGUGGUGUCUGUGAUGCAAAUGCACCCGCUGCCUUCAACUGUAUGUGUGUGUUCCUGCUGGAGUUGUGUUACUGACAGGAUAAUGACAUUACAAAAAAAUCGUGUUAUAUUCAACUUUGCCUUGAUAAUUAUUGUAAACACUUUGUUCAUUUUUUCUUUUUUAUUCACAAACUAAAUCCACCAGGAAUUAUAAAGUUAUUUAAAAACUG